AUGGAUGUUCUACUGCAGACCUACAAGGUGCUAGUCCUGCCGCGGGUGACAGAGGGUCCCUUGUCCCUGGGCCUCCAGAGCUGUGACAGUGGCAGCAUGGAGCAGCAGGUCCCCAGGAUAGACCCAAAGCCCCUGACCUCUAACGUCUACUCCACCUGGGAGAGGAGGCUACUCACCUGGCUCAACCUGCACUACCACAGCAUGAGGACUACCGUCUGGAGCCCACUCACCUCUACAGGAGACGUCCCACCAGCCCGCUGGGUGGUGAACUUUGACCUGGACCUGGCAGACGGCCUGGUUCUGGCUGCUGUGCUGGCUGCCUACUGUCCCUUUCUGAUCCCCAGUCAUCUCCAGAGGAUGUACACCAGCAUCAGCCGCCUGGAACAGAACCUCCACAACAGUAUCAUCCUCAGCCAGGCCUUCACACUGCUCUGCCUGGACAUAGACAUCCAGCCCACAGAGCUGUCAGACUCUAACCCUGUUCUGAUGUUGAUGCUGUGUGUUUACCUGUAUGAGACGCUGCCCCAGUACCGUCCCAGGAGAACCAUCACCCUGUCUGGCAGCCUGCACCACACCUUCACCAAGCAGGCAGGUCUCUCUCUCUCCAUCACACAGCACUAG